GCCGGGGGGGGGGCACAAAAGGAAGGCCCCGCGCCCUCGGCCUGAGGGUCUUUGCUUCCCCAACAGGCAUCUGAGGCGCAGAGAAGAAAAGGCGGGAAUUAGAAACCCAAAGGGCCACAACGAUGGUGCAAACGGGGGACAGACGGGGCGGGGAGCUCGCAGCACUCUUCCGGAGCGCCUUGCAGCCGGCGCUGCUGCUUUCUUGCGCCUUCCUGCUGUACUUCUGGGCGCGCAAGCGCUCCGCGGCUCCGGGCAAGCGUCUUCCCGGCCCCGUCGGAUGGCCGCUGGUCGGCAACGCCUUGCAGCUGGGUCGCCUGCCUCACCUCACUUUUUGCGAGCUGGCCGAGCGCUACGGCGACGUCUUCCAGCUCCGCCUGGGCUUGCGCUCCAUCGUGGUGCUCAACGGCGAGGCGACCAUCCGGCAGGCGCUGGUGCAGCAAAGCGGGCCCUUCGCGGGCAGACCCGAUUUUCCCUCUUUCCGGAUGGUCUCCGGCGGGAAGAGCCUGGCUUUCGGACGCUACACGGAGCGCUGGCGAGCGCAGCGGCGGGUGGCGCAGGCCACGCUGCACGCUUUCUCGACGGCCAACGCGGCCAACAAGCGACUCUUCGAGCAGCACGUGACGGCCGAGGCGCAGGAGCUCAUCGACGGCCUGACGAAACUGAGCCAGGGCGGCCUUUACGUCAACCCGCUGCAGCUGCUGACCGUGGCCAACGCCAACGUGAUGUGCGCCCUUUGCUUCGGCCGGCGCUACAGCCACGCCGACGCCGAGUUCCGCGCGCUGCUGGGCAGGAACGACCGCUUCGGACAGACGGUGGCGGCGGGCAGCUUGGUGGACGUCCUGCCGUGGCUGCUCUACUUUCCCAACCCGGUGCGCAGCGUCUUUCACGACUUCCAGGCUAUCAACCUGGAGAUGCUGGAGUUCGUGCGCGCCAAGGUGGCGCAGCAUCGGCUGACUUUCCAGCCCGGCUCCUCUCCCCGUCACAUUAGCGACGCCAUCCUGGGCCGCAUGGAGCAGGGCCCCGGGGGCAAAGAAGGGCCCCUCGGAGACUACGUGGAAGGCACGCUGAGCGAUCUCUUCGCCGCCGGUCAGGACACCACGUCGGCUGCUCUAGGUUGGCUGCUGCUGCUGCUUCUGAAACACCCGCAGCUGCGAGAGCGGUUGCAGGCGGACCUGGACCGCGUGGUGGGUCGCGAGCGGCUUCCGACGGCUGACGAUCGCGCCUCCCUGCCUCGCCUGGAAGCCUUCCUCUACGAGACGCUGCGCUACUGCAGUUUAGUUCCGGUCACCAUCCCGCACGCCACCACCGCCGACGUGUGCCUGGACGGUUUCCACAUCCCCGAGGGCACCGUCAUCUUCGUCAACCAGUGGUCUGUCAACCACGAUCGGAUCCGCUGGAAAGACCCGCACAUUUUUGACCCGGCCCGCUUCUUGGACGUCCAGCAGGAGACUUUCGACCGGGAGCUCGCUUGCCGCGUCAUGGCGUUCUCGCUGGGCAAAAGGCGCUGCAUCGGGGAUCAGCUCGCCCAGCUGCAGCUCUUCCUCUUCACGGCCAUCCUUUUGCACCAGUGCGACCUGACGGCUAACCCAGCCGAAGAGAUAAGUCCCACUCCCUGGGACUCCGACCAUGGGCUGGUUCUCAGGCCCCUGCCCUACACCUUGUCGGUGACCAGGCGAAGCGCUUCCCGGGCCGAGGAGGACAGGAGCCGGAGGAACACCGACAUCACCUGCCCUUCUUAGCUCCACCCGCGAAGUGUCUCUAACUCUGAAAUAAGCGCCCUGGCGGGAAAAGCGGACGAACGGUUGACUUUCCUUGACUUACAUUUCUGGAAUCACUUACUUAUUUCGGUGCCUUUACCAGCAGCGGGAACUCAGACAUAGGAAGUCCUCUGUCAAAGGAAAUUUCAGCUGGGCUCCUUUCCUCCCCCCAUCCUCAAUUAACUCUGAAGGUGAUCAAAGCUGUUGAAUUGGUGUCCCCUUCUCUAUAUCCUUAAAAAAAAAAAACUUUCUUGGUCUGAUGCCAUCAACUGCAACUGCUUCACUAUGAGCUGUGGGGAGGCGGCAAAUUUGAUUUACAAAUAAAUAGCAAUGUAGAUAAUA